AUGAAAAUCCGCUUAGGCCAACACACCCUGGCAGAAUACACCCUCCCUCUUCUGUGGAUGGACAGACUACCAAUGACUGUGACACAGAUACUAGCAUCAAUGGCUGAAGACAUCGCCCUGAACAAACUGGCUGUCGUUUGUGACAGGAUUUUUCCACAUUCGCCCUCACCAACACCAACCGGCCCUCAACAGCAGCAGCACUCGUUAGCCCUAACCAACACCAACCGGCCCUCACCAGCAGCAGCAGCACUAGUUACCCCUCACCAACACCAACCGGUCCUCAACAACAGCAGCAUUACCCUAACCAACACCAACCGGCCCUCACCAGCAGCAGCAGCACUAGUUACCCUAACCAACACCAACCGGUCCUCAAAUAACAGCAGCAUUAGUUGGCCCUCACCAACACCAACACCAACCAGCCCUCACCAGCAGCAGCACUGGUUAGCCCACACCAACACCAAACACCAACUGUCCCUCACCAGCAGCAGCACUACAGCAGCAGCACUAGUUAGCCCUCACCAACACGAACUGGCCCUCACCAGCAGCAGCAGCACUAGUUACCCCUCACCAACAGGUCCAAGAGCAGGUCCUCACCAGCAGCAGCAGCUAGUUAGCCCUUACCAACACCAAACCCCCCUCACCAGCAGCAGCACUACAGCAGCACUAGUUAGCCCUCACCAACACCACACCAACCAAACACCAGCAGCCCAGCAGCAACACCAACCCCCCUCACUAGUUGCACUAGUUAGCCCUCACCAACACCAACCGGCCCCUCAACAGCAGCAGCACUACCCUCACCAACACCAACCCAGCAGCAGCACCCUCACACCAGCAGCAGCAUUAGUUAGCCCCUCACCAGCACCAAACGGCCCCUCAACAGCAGCAGCACUAGUUAGCCCUCACCAACACCAACCGGCCCUCACCAGCAGCAGCACUAACCGGCCCUCACCAGCAGCAACCGGCCCAACAGCAAACCCCCCUCACCAAGCAGCAGCACUACACACCACUACCAACCGGCCCUCACCAGCAGCACCAACCCACCAACCGGCCCCUUCCCAGCAGCAGCACUGGUUAGCCCUCACCAACACCAACUGGCCCUCAAAGCACCCUUCACCAGCAGCAGCAGCACUAGUUAGCCCUCAACCACCAACACCAACCAGGCCCCUCAACAGCAGCACACUACCCUCACCAACACCAACCGGCCCCUCCCCGGCAGCAGCACUAGUUAGCCCUCACCAACACCAAACCAACCACCCCUCACCAGCAGCAGCACUAGAUAGCCCACACCCACCAAACGGUUCUAAACCCCCCUCACCAACACCACCAAGACCAACGGCCAGCACCAGCCCAACACAACACAAACCUUCACCAGCAGCAGCACUAGUUAGCCUCACCAACACCAACCGGCCCUCAACAGCAGCAGCAUUAUUUAGCCCACAACAGCAGCACUACCAACACCAACACCAACACCACCCCUCACCAGCAGCAGCACUAGUUAGCCCUCACCAACACCAACACCAAACACCCUUCACCAGCAGCAGCAACUACCCCAACACCAAACCCCCCUCAACAGCAGCACUAGUUAGCCCACAACACCAACACCAACACCAACCGGCCCUCACCAGCAGCAGCAUUUUAGCCCAGCCCAACAACAACACCAACACCAAACCCCCUCACCAGCAGCAGCACUACCCUCACCAACACCAACCGGCCCCCUCAACAGCAGCAGCAUUAGUUAGCCCUCACACCAACACCAACCGGCCCUCAAACACCAACUGGCUCCCCGCAGCAGCACUAGCCCUCACCAACAAACGGCACCAAGCACCCCUCAAACUCCGGCCCUCACCAGCAGCAGCACUGGUUAGCCCCUCACUCACACCAACCGGCCCCAAACCCCGCACCAACACCAACCGGCCCUCAACAGCAGCAGCAUUAGUUAGCCCGCACCAACACCAACCGGCCCUCAACAGCAGCAGCACUCAACCAACACCAACACCAGCAGCAGCACUAGUUAGCCCACACCAACACCAAACGGCCCCCUCACCAGCAGCAGCACUAGUUAGCCCCAACACCAACAGGCCCUCACCAGCAGCAGCACUACCCACACCAACACCAACACCAACAGCAGGCCCUCACCAGCAGCAGCACUAUUUAGCCCUCAACACACCCCUCACCAACACCAAACCCCCCCAUCAACAGCAGCAGCCCCCUCACCAACACCAACCGGCCCCUCACCAGCAGCAGCACUGGCCCUCACCAACACCAACUGGCCCUCAACAGCAGCAGCACUUUGCCCUCACCAACACCAAACGGCCCUCACCAGCAGCAGCACUAGUUAGCCCUCACCAACACCAACCGGCCAUCACCAGCAGCGGCACUACAGCAGCACUAGUUAGCCCUCACCAACACCAACUGGCCCCUCACCAGCAGCCCCUCACCAGCCGCCAACAGCAGCAGCACUGGUUAGCCCUGACCAACACCAACCGGUCCUCACCAGCAGCAGCACUAGUUAGCCCUCACCAACACCAACCGUCCCUCACCAGCAGCAGCACUAGUUAG